CACCCCGUUGUGGUCAGUGGGAAUUCGUUCCAAUUGGGCUGUGGGGAGUUGGGUUCGUUCCCGAUCAUCGCCACCCCCGCCCGGGGGCCUUGCUCGGCCGAUGCGGACACAAAGCCGGAGGAGACGCGGCCUGCCCAGGUUUAUGGUAUGCUGGAGCAAAGGCGGGGGCGGAGGAGGAGGAGGAGGAGGUCACCCUUCGCCUCCCCGCUGCCUGCACAGCGCUUUGCGGCUUUUGUUAGCUGCCUGCGCCCAGCUAUUAAAAACAUCAAGAAAAGAGAAUUAAUUCGGAAUAGUUCGGAAAGCCUCAGAGAAGGGCCCAGGUGGAGCAUCUGGACCCCCUGCACCAUGGCAUCAUCCGAGCUGCCCCCGCACCCUGCAGUAGGUACUGUCAGCCCGUCGGGGCCCCCCAGCCCCCUGCCCCACGGGGUGGAGGAUCUUGGUCAAGCCUUUGACUUUGAGGACAGUGAGGAAGAAGAGGAGGAGGAGGAGGAAGACUCAACGGCUGAGCUGGGCGGUGAAGCUGUCCUCCGGGCACCUCCUCGCAGGCGACGUGCUGCCAGCUCUGGCACUGAUGGAUUGGUGCCAGAGAGCCAGGAAGGGUUGCCAGCGGGGAUGAGCAAUGGAGAGGCUGGUGGAGACCCCCCCAUCAAUGCCCAGACCUGGAAGAGGAAAAGCAUCAGCCAAGAUGAACGCUUCCAGUUCCCACCAGUGGAGGAUGAUGUGAUCUAUGAUGAUGUCCCCUGUGAGACCCUUGAUGCUGACCAGGAUGGCCUGGGGACCGAGCACAGCCUGAUCUAUGAGGAGGUGCAGCGCGGCGAGGGGCCGCGGCUGGCCGAGGACUUGGGCUGGAGCUCCAGCGAGUUCGAGAGCUACAGCGAGGACUCUGGCGAGGAGAGCAAGCCUGAGGCUGAGCCCACCAAGCACCGAGCAUCCUUCCAGCCCAAGCUUUCUCCAGACCUGAAUAGACUAAAGGAGAGAUACGCCAGGACUAAGAGGGACAUCCUGGCUUUAAGAGUUGGGGGGAGAGACAUGCAGGAGCUGAAGCAGAAGUACGAUUGGAAGAUGACCCAACUGAUGAAAGCAGCCAAAAGUGGCACCAAGGAUGGUUUGGAGAAGACCAGGAUCGCUGUGAUGAGGAAAGUGACCUUCCUGCACCGGAAAGAGGCACCAGGGGAUGGGGAGCGGAGGAGGAGGGCGGCGGAGGUGGAAAAGCAACCUCCUGGCCGCCGGAGCUCGAGGGUCUCCCUGGAGCAUCACAGGGGAGCUGCUUCAGCCUCGGGGGACUCGGAGGAGGAGGACACAGGUUUCCUGGAGGUCACAGUCUCUGACAUGAAGCAUCCCCCACCAGAGCUGGGCCCCAUGCCUGAAGGGCUGAGCCCACAGCAGGUGGUCCGGCGCCACAUCCUGGGCUCCAUCGUGCAGAGCGAGCGGAGCUAUGUGGACUCCUUGAAACGCAUCCUGCAGGAUUACAGGAACCCCUUGAUGGAGAUGGAGCCGAAGGUGCUGAGUGCCCGGAAGUGCCAGGUGGUGUUCUUCCGGCUGAAGGAGAUCCUGCAGUGCCACUCCAUGUUCCAGAUCGCCCUGGCCUCCCGCGUGGCCGAGUGGGACUCCACCGAGAAGAUCGGAGACCUCUUCGUGGCCUCGUUCUCCAAGUCGAUGGUGCUGGAUGUCUACAGUGACUACGUCAACAACUUCACCACUGCCAUGUCCCUCAUCAAGAAGGCUUGUCUUACCAAACCUGCCUUCCUUGACUUCCUCAAGAAGAGGCAGAUGGCUAGCGCCGACCGGGUCACGCUCUACGGGCUGAUGGUGAAGCCUAUCCAGAGGUUCCCUCAGUUCAUCCUCCUCCUCCAGGACAUGCUGAAAAACACCCCCAAGGGCCAUGCAGACCGCUUGUCCCUGCAGCUGGCCCUCACUGAGCUGGAGACCUUGGCAGAGAAGCUCAACGAGCAGAAGCGCUUGGCCGACCAAGUGGCUGAGAUCCAGCAGCUCAGCAAGAGCAUCAGUGACCGCAGCAGCCUCAACAAGAUGCUGAGCUCGGGGCAGAGGCAGCUCCUGCUCUGUGAGACGCUGACGGAGACUGUGUACGGCGACCGGGGGCAGCUCAUCAAGUCCAAGGAGAGGAAGGUUUUCCUGCUCAAUGACAUGCUGGUCUGUGCCAACAUCAACUUCAAGCCAGUGAACCCAGGAGGCCAGCUGGAAAUUAGCAGCCUGGUGCCCCUGGGUCCCAAAUACGUGGUGAAGUGGAGCACGGCCCUCCCACAGGUGCAGGUGGUGGAGGUGGGACAGGAGAGCGGUGCCUAUGACAAGGACAACGUCGUCAUCCACAACGCCGGCGCCAAGAAGCACGCUCCCAGCGGGCAGGCCUCACACAAUAAGGUCUACCUGGGGCCACCACGGCUCUUCCAGGAGCUGCAGGACCUGCAGAAGGACCUAGCUGUGGUGGAGCAGAUCACCCUUCUCAUCAGCACCUUGCAUGGCACCUACCAGAACCUGAACAUGACAGUGGCCCAGGACUGGUGCUUAGCCCUGCAGAGGAUGAUGAAGGUGAAGGAGGAGGAGAUCCACUCUGCCAACAAGUGCCGCCUCCGACUCCUGCUGCCUGGGAAACCAGAUAAGUCUGGCCGCCCCAUCAGUGUCAUGGUGGUCUUCAUCACCCCAAACCCCCUGAGCAAGAUCUCCUGGGUGAAUCGCCUGCACUUGGCCAAGAUAGGACUGAGGGAGGAGAACCAGCCGGGCUGGCUCUGUCCUGACGAAGACAAGAAGAGCAAAGCUCCUUUCUGGUGCCCCAUCCUCUCCUGCCACAUGCCUGCCUUCUCCAAGGCCCUUGAUCUUCAGCUGGGCGCCGCAGUGCACAACCCUGUGCAGUCCUCCCUGCUGGGCUUCUCCGCCGUCAGCACCUCGCUGCCGCAGGGCUACCUCUGGGUUGGUGGGGGCCAGGAAGGCGCAGGGGGGCUGGUGGAGAUCUUGUCUCUCUACCGCGCGGUUCCGCGCACAGUCAAGUCCUUCCCGGUGGCUUCCCCGGUGCUGUGCAUGGAGUACAUCCCUGAGGUGGGUGAGGAGGACCUGGCAGGCACCCAGGAGCCCAGACCCACCACUGACCAGCCCUCAGCAUCCCCACAUCCCACAGUCUGCUUGGGGUUACGGGAUGGCAGCAUCAUGGUCUAUGGUAGUGUGGACAUGGGGGCUCAGUGCUUGCUGACCUGCAAGAGCCCAGGCAUGCAGCCUGUCCUCUGCUUGAGGCACAGCCCUGAGUACCUCUUUGCGGGGCUGCAGGAUGGGACCGUGGCUGCCUACCCCAGGAGCAACGGGGGGUUGUGGGACCCAGCUGAGCAACCAACCUGCCUGACUGUGGGGCCUGGUCCAGUGCGAGCUCUCCUGACGCUGGAUGAGACCCUCUGGGCCAGCUGUGCCAACCAGGUCACUGUCCUUGAUGCCAGCAGCCUCCACACCCAGCAAACCUUCGAGGCCCACCCAGACAGGGAGGCCAGUGUCACCCACAUGAUCAAGGCAGGCAGUGGGGUCUGGAUGGCCUUCUCCUCGGGCUCCUCCAUCCGCCUCUUCCACACCGAGACGCUGGAGCACCUGCAGGAGAUCAACAUUGCCACCAGGACCACCUUUGUCCUCCCAGCCUCCUCCAAGUGGGUGAGGUACAAGUACGUUGUUAGUGGUGCAAUUGCCGUUUAA